CGUUCUGGUUGUGCAAAAGAAAUCUCCAAUAUGCUAUGUUCUACCGACCUGAUGAAAUUAUUUUCGGAUAUUUUAACAAUCAUUAGCUAACAACUAAAUACUACACACAAAAAGAUAACUAGCUAUAUUGAUGAAUGUUACACCUAUGUUAGGCCAUUAUUACCCGGACGCAUGAUUGUUUUUUUACCAAGCAAGAAAUACUAGUACGUGUAUCCUUCAAGCGCCACCAGACACAGGUCGCCGGUACUACAGCAAAGGAACACCUGCUCUCGGCACGUUUUCUACCGCCUGUCUGAACAUCCGCCCUGCUCAUACUGUCAGCCCGCCGAUCCAACGUCUCCCCGCUCCCGUGUGCUUUCCGUUGCCGGUGCGGUGUUCGGGCGAGCGUUUUGGGCGGCUUGGCGGGUUCUGGCGGCGGCGUUGGCCCCAUGUGCAGCACCAAGAAUGAUCUGGACGUUGACUGGUUAUUGGGGGAGCUUCUGGCGGUGCGGAAUCACCCCGGGAAACAGGUCCAACUGCCUGAGAACCAGAUCCGACAGCUGUGUCAGAUGUCGCGCGCUCUCUUCCUGGAACAGCCGAUCUUCUUGGAACUGAACGCACCCAUUAACAUCAUCGGGGACAUCCACGGGCAGUACGAGGACCUGCUCAGGCACUUCGACAAGUGCGGCUUCCCGCCAGACGCCAACUACCUGUUCCUGGGGGACUACGUGGACAGAGGAAAACGCUCGCUGGAGACCAUCUGUCUGGUGCUGGCCUACAAGAUCAAAUAUCCAAACAACUUCUUCCUCCUGAGGGGAAACCAUGAGUGCGCCAGUAUCAACAGGAUUUACGGCUUCUACGACGAAUGCAAAAGAAGAUACAACAUCAAGUUGUGGAAAACUUUCACGGAUUGCUUCAACUGCUUGCCCAUAGCUGCCCUGGUGGAGGGGACCAUUUUCUGCACACACGGUGGCCUUUCUCCCGACCUGGCCGACUUGCGACAGCUGCGUGAGAUUGACCGUCCUCUAGACGUGCCUGACCAUGGCCUCGUGUGUGACCUGCUGUGGUCAGAUCCAGACGAGGACAUCACGGGGUGGGGUGAGAAUGACCGAGGCGUGUCCUACACGUUUGGCGGGGACGUGGUGAGGAACUUCCUGAGGAAGCACGACUGCAGCCUGAUCGUGCGCGCGCACCAGGUCGUGGAGGACGGGUACGCUUUCUUCCAGAAGAGAAAGUUGGUGACAUUAUUCAGCGCUCCAAACUACUGUGGCGAGUUCGACAACGCGGGAGGUGCGAUGAUAGUGUCCGAAAACCUCACCUGCUCCUUCAGUAUCUUACCGCCAAAGUCAAAGUUUAAGGGUCUCAAGUCGUCGAAGAAGAACAGCAAAACAUAAGACGUUCGGCAGGACAAGACGCCAGCCUUUAGGGUGCUGGACUGUGACAUACAAGGAGUAAGAUCCAGUGCAAUCAUCAGGAUUAUCAUCGGUAGAGCCAAGGAGCUUUUGAAGAAAAGCUCCUUGGUAGGGCAGUCUCAUUUCGUACAGUGCUAUUUACAGAACUUUUGCGGAUUACAGUUACGUACCAAGGGACCUUUCCAACGAUACCAAGUUAAACUUACCGGAAGAUAUUUUAAUCAGAGAGGCUUUUUUCAGAAAACAAUUUCGUCAGGAUGGUAGGAGAUAGGAGCUUUCUGAGGAAGGUUUCUGAGAGACAGUACUAAUUGUGUAAAAGAAAGCUCCAAUAUCACAGAAAGGCUUUUAUGACAGACAACCAUCUUGUUUCCCGAGAGAAAUAUGAUUUUUGGUAGGCGAAGUGGAAGAUGAUGCUAGGAAAUCAAGUCACACUUCAAAUAUAUGCGUAACAGUAUCAACCAAGGACCAAAGUUAAGUAAAAUACACCUGGUUCAACGUUAUAGCUGCACUAGCGACAGCGUCAUAACUGCCCAUCCAGUUAAUUGCGUACCUUUACCUACGAUGUUUGGUACAUUCAUUGAAAAUUCUAGACUUACGAGGGCACGAUUAGAUGCCGGCUAGAAUAGUGGAAGUAUCGCCCAAAAGCAUCCACUGUCUUUAGUAAGCGACACUGAAGCUAGCUAGAGAUCUGGUACAAACUGGUUUUAUACCCUAUGUGUUGAAAUGCAGAAGAUCUGACAACAAUUUUGGAUUGUCCAAUAGGAAAGUAAUAUUCACUAAAUUCAAUAUUACAGUCAAUUACAUACCUCAUGUUUUGAAUAGAUUGCGAGAGUUUCAGGCAAAAUGUUCACACCUUGAAGAGUAGGAACUUCUUUACUAUCAAAAAUGUGUAGGUUUUAAAAUGUUAACAGUCACGUAAAUGACAGAAUCACAUCAAUUCUAUAUUGAGUUAUAACUAAACGUGGUACAA